AUGAAGGCUAGCUCAGCAUCAAGCCCGGUUGUUCUGUAUUGGCAUCGGACAGAUCUGCGACUCCAUGACUCGCCAGCUUUACACGCUGCUCUGGCUUUAAAGCCGUCGGUAUUCAUUCCAGUCUGGACAUGGGAUCCCCAUUACGUGUACAAAGCGCGCGUGGGCCCCAAUCGCUGGAAGUUUCUCCUUGAAUGUCAAAGUGAAUUGUCCAAGGGGUAUAAGAGCCUGAAUCCCAAGCAAAAGCUCUGGGUCGUCAGGGAAGGACCACAGACAAUUCUUCCAAAAUUGUGGAAGCAUUGGGGUGUUACACAUCUUGUUUUUGAGAAAGACACGGACGCGUACGCCAAAGAUCGAGACACAGCCAUUGUGGCCUUGGCCGAAAAGGCCGGCGUUGAGGUCAUAGUCAGAAUGGGCAGAACACUCUUUGAUCCUGAUGAGCUUGUUUAUAAAAACAAUGGGAAACCAACAAUGAGCAUCACUCAAGUGGAGAAGGCUGCUGUGAAGAUCAAUAAUGGCAACCCGGAUAAACCGCUUGAUCCCCCUGAGAGCAUUCCAGACCCAUGGGGUGAGAAGCAGAUGGAUCUUACCAGUCUCGAUCAUGAUUCAGUUGACAACAAACCUGACUUGAACGCGGAGCAUCGCACCAAGAAAGAUGAGCAGUACUCGAAUCUCAUGGGUCCCAAGAACGAUUUCGCCGUCCCAUGGGACGACAUAGGCAUCGACUUAUCCCAGGCAGCUACACCCCACCGGGGUGGCGAGGCAGAGGCACUGCGCAUAUUGGCCGAAUGCAUUGAGAACGCGGAAUACGUUGCACAAUUUGAAAAGCCUAAAACGUCUCCGGCAGCCUUUGAGCCUCAAUCCACCACGCUAUUAUCCCCUCAUCUUCACUUUGGGUCGUUGUCUGUGAGGAAGUUCUGGUGGGAUGUUCAAGACGUCUUCAACAAACAGAGAAAGGCCAAGAAGCCGGUUGCGUCUGUACCGACCAACCUUCAUGGCCAGUUGUUGUUCAGAGAUAUGUAUUUCGCGGCACAGGCACCUCUUGGGCAUCGAUUUGCUCGCUCGCACGGAAACGAGGUCGCUAGGUUCAUUGAUUGGCAUCUGCAGUCAAACCCACCUGAUAAAGAUGGAUUAGUUGAUGGAUCUUAUGACGUGGACUCGCAGGAGGCAGAGGAAUGGUUUCAACGGUGGAAGGAGGGGCGAACGGGCUUCCCCUGGAUCGACGCAUUAAUGCGCCAACUCAGAAAAGAGGGAUGGAUUCAUCAUCUUGGGAGGCAUAGCGUGGCUUGUUUUCUGACCCGAGGUGGCUGUUAUGUUUCGUGGGAGAGGGGCGCUGAAGUCUUUGAAGAGCUACUGAUUGACCGUAUGUUGUCUUCAAAGUGGAACUUUCCGACACUCACUCACAAUGUUCUAGAUGAAACCGCGUGUAACAUCGGUAAUUGGCAGUGGCUCUCCUGCACCGCAUUUUAUGCGAUGUUUUACCGCUGCUACUCACCAAUAGCUUUCGGAAAGAAGUGGGAUCCGGAAGGCAACUUGAUCAGGCGGUAUUGUCCUGAGCUUGCGAAAUUCGACAAGAAGCAUAUCUAUGAGCCGUGGAAGGCCCCCAUAGCCGAUCAGAAGAAAUGGGGUUGCAGAGUCACCGGCGAUGGCACGCCGACUUCUGAUUCCGAUGACACUGAGAACACCUAUCCGAAACCCAUGUUCGAUUUCGACGAGAGGCGACAAAUCUGCUUAGAUGGUAUGAAGCAUGCGUACGAUGUUGGGUUGCAUGGCAGCGACGCGAAAGUCAAGGAUGGGACUUGGAAGACGGAAUUUGGGAAUUCUGAAGAUAGACCUUCGAAGAAGCAGAAAACUUCAUAA